UGAAUUGAAGUAUUAUUUGGAGUUUUUGUGUGGUGUGAAUCAAGGUAACAGGUGUUUGUUGUUUUCUUUUGAUAAAUUUUAUAUUUCUUCAAUCAAAAUUAGCUAGCAUAUGAGAAAGGAUUUGGGGGGCUUUUCCUUUCUUCUUUGUGCAUAAAAAGAAAAAGAAAAAUGCAUCCUCCGGAAACCACCACCAAGAUGGCUUCAGUUCGGUUCAUGGUGACACCAACAAAGAUUGAUGACAUUCCAGGAUUGUCAGACACCAGCCCGGACCUCAGCUCUCGAUCUAGUUCUCGAGUAAGAUUUAGCUCCCGGGAAAGUGUGCCUGAAACCAGUCGCAGUGAGCCGAUGAGUGAGAUGUCAGGGGCCACCACUUCAUUGGCAACUGUUGCUCUGGAUCCAGCCAGUGACCGGACUUCCAACCCCCAGGAUAAUACUGAGGACCCGAGUCAGAACUCCAUCACAGGGGAAUACAGCCAGCUGUUAGAUGAUGGACAUAAGAAAGCUCGAAAUGCUUACCUCAAUAAUUCCAGUUAUGAAGAAGAUGAAUAUUUUGACAAAAACUUGGCACUAUUUGAGGAAGAAAUGGACACCAGGCCAAAGGUGUCUUCUCUGCUGAACCGCAUGGCCAAUUACACAAAUCUGACACAAGGAGCAAAGGAACAUGAAGAGGCAGAGAACAUUACUGAAGGGAAGAAGAAGCCUGCUAAGACCCCCCAAAUGGGUACCUUCAUGGGUGUCUACCUUCCAUGUCUACAGAAUAUUUUUGGAGUGAUCCUGUUUCUGCGCCUUACAUGGGUGGUGGGCACAGCUGGAGUUCUUCAAGCCUUUGCCAUUGUUUUUAUCUGCUGCUGCUGUACCAUAUUGACUGCUAUCUCCAUGAGUGCCAUUGCUACUAAUGGAGUGGUACCAGCUGGGGGCUCAUAUUUUAUGAUUUCCCGGGCACUGGGCCCAGAGUUCGGUGGGGCUGUUGGUCUCUGCUUUUAUCUUGGUACCACAUUUGCAGCAGCCAUGUAUAUCCUUGGUGCCAUUGAAAUUUUUCUGGUGUAUAUUGUUCCCCGGGCUGCCAUCUUUCGCAGUGAUGAUGCACUCAAGGAAGCAGCAGCCAUGCUAAAUAACAUGCGUGUCUAUGGCACAGCCUUCUUGGUUGUUAUGGUACUGGUGGUGUUCAUCGGCGUACGCUAUGUGAACAAGUUUGCCUCACUUUUCCUGGCCUGUGUCAUUGUAUCCAUCUUGGCCAUCUAUGCUGGAGCCAUCAAGUCAUCUUUUGCCCCUCCACAUUUCCCGGUAUGUAUGCUUGGUAACCGCACUCUUUCAUCAAGACAUAUUGACGUUUGCUCUAAGACCAAGGAGAUGAACAACAUGACAGUCCCAUCAAAGUUAUGGGGCUUCUUCUGUAACUCAAGCCAGUUUUUCAAUGCCACCUGCGAUGAAUACUUUGUUCACAAUAAUGUCACUUCAAUCCAGGGCAUUCCUGGGUUGGCUAGUGGUAUCAUUACAGAGAAUCUUUGGAGUAAUUAUCUACCAAAGGGAGAGAUUAUUGAAAAACCCUCAGCCAAAUCUUCCGAUGUCCUAGGCAGCUUAAGUCACGAAUACGUGCUUGUUGAUAUCACCACCUCCUUCACUCUGCUAGUGGGGAUCUUCUUUCCCUCUGUCACAGGUAUCAUGGCCGGGUCAAACCGAUCUGGAGAUCUAAAAGAUGCUCAGAAGUCUAUUCCUAUUGGCACUAUUCUCGCCAUCCUGACCACCUCAUUUGUCUAUUUAAGCAAUGUUGUCCUUUUUGGUGCGUGUAUUGAAGGAGUUGUUCUUAGAGACAAGUUUGGGGAUGCUGUGAAAGGUAAUUUGGUGGUGGGCACCUUAUCUUGGCCCUCCCCGUGGGUGAUAGUUAUUGGCUCCUUCUUUUCAACGUGUGGGGCUGGACUUCAGAGUCUCACGGGGGCACCAAGGCUGCUACAGGCGAUUGCCAAGGAUAACAUCAUACCAUUUCUUAGGGUUUUUGGUCACAGCAAAGCCAAUGGAGAACCUACCUGGGCUUUGCUUCUAACUGCUGCCAUUGCAGAGCUGGGAAUCCUCAUUGCCUCCCUGGAUCUGGUGGCCCCAAUACUUUCCAUGUUUUUUCUCAUGUGUUACCUCUUCGUGAACCUAGCAUGUGCCUUGCAAACAUUACUUCGAACACCCAACUGGAGACCCCGGUUCCGUUACUACCACUGGACCCUGUCUUUCAUGGGAAUGAGUAUCUGUCUGGCUCUGAUGUUCAUUUCUUCUUGGUAUUAUGCCAUUGUAGCUAUGGUGAUAGCUGGUAUGAUCUACAAGUACAUCGAAUACCAAGGAGCUGAGAAAGAAUGGGGUGAUGGUAUCCGUGGGCUAUCCCUCAGUGCAGCCCGCUUUGCUUUGCUUCGGCUGGAGGAAGGACCGCCACACACUAAGAACUGGAGGCCUCAGUUGCUUGUCUUACUGAAGCUAGAUGAAGACUUACACGUCAAGCAUCCUCGCCUCCUCACCUUUGCCUCACAGCUCAAGGCAGGAAAGGGUCUCACAAUUGUGGGCUCUGUCAUUGUGGGGAACUUCCUGGAGAACUAUGGUGAGGCUUUAGCUGCUGAGCAGACCAUAAAGCACCUAAUGGAGGCAGAGAAGGUGAAAGGAUUCUGCCAGCUGGUGGUGGCAGCCAAGCUGAAAGAGGGUAUUUCCCACCUCAUCCAGUCAUGUGGCCUUGGGGGCAUGAAGCACAACACAGUGGUGAUGGGCUGGCCUAAUGGCUGGCGCCAGAGUGAAGAUGCUCGAGCAUGGAAGACUUUUAUUGGCACAGUUCGAGUGACAACUGCUGCCCAUCUUGCCUUGCUGGUGGCUAAGAACAUCUCCUUCUUUCCCAGCAAUGUGGAGCAGUUUUCUGAGGGCAACAUUGAUGUGUGGUGGAUUGUGCAUGAUGGAGGGAUGCUCAUGCUAUUACCAUUCCUACUCAAACAGCACAAGGUGUGGCGAAAGUGCAACAUACGGAUCUUCACUGUAGCCCAGCUAGAAGACAACAGUAUCCAGAUGAAGAAGGAUUUGGCCACCUUCCUGUAUCACCUACGCAUUGAGGCAGAGGUGGAAGUGGUAGAAAUGCAUGACAGUGACAUAUCCGCUUAUACUUACGAGCGCACUCUGAUGAUGGAGCAGAGGUCCCAGAUGCUCCGGCACAUGCGACUGUCCAAAACAGAGCGGGACAGAGAGGCACAGCUGGUGAAAGACCGGAAUUCAAUGCUGCGAUUGACUAGCAUUGGCUCUGAUGAGGAUGAAGAGACAGAGACCUAUCAGGAGAAGGUGCACAUGACUUGGACAAAAGACAAGUACAUGGCAUCCCGGGGGCAAAAAGCCAAGACAAUGGAAGGGUUCCAAGACCUGCUUAACAUGCGCCCGGAUCAGUCCAAUGUGAGGCGGAUGCAUACAGCAGUCAAGCUCAAUGAGGUUAUAGUUAACAAGUCCCAUGAAGCAAAGCUGGUUUUGUUGAACAUGCCCGGGCCACCCCGAAACCCUGAGGGUGAUGAAAACUAUAUGGAGUUCCUAGAAGUGCUCACCGAGGGACUUGAACGAGUUCUUCUUGUCCGGGGUGGUGGCAGUGAAGUGAUCACCAUUUAUUCAUAACCUGCCUUUGAAUGACUCUGCUUAGCCUCCCCUUUCCUAAAAGACUUCCAUCCUCCAUGGCCAGCACCAGCCCUUCACUACUCUGCUACCCAACUAGAGCUGUACGUUCUGCAUACAUUACACUCAGCCCUGGAUGUGCCGAGCCUCAAGUACUUG